CGAUUUCUUCACCCCAAACAGGAACAGAGAAAUGCCUCGCUUCUGCAUUCACAAUCAUGAGAAGAUGUCGGAGUUGGACAAGAUUUUGUGCAGCAGCUACGUGCUAGAAUCAUCAAGAAAUGAGCUAGAAAUGUACCAAGACAGAAUAAAGCAAUUGUAUAAGCUCCUUUUGGAUGCUUACCAUGAAAGAGAUGAAGCUCGACAGCAGUUGCAGAAAUCAGAAGCAGAAAUUUCCGAACUAAGAAAAUUACUAAACCAGUGCCUGCCAUCCAGUUCAGCUGAAAUAAAUCAUAAGCCAAAAGUCACAGAACCAAUCCUGGAUUACAUAGUCGAAGCAAAUAACAACCAAUCUUAUGUCUUCUCUCCAUCUACCCCAGCAGAUUGCAUUUCUGAUGUAGCAAACUCUCCUGCAAUGUCCAAUGCCAGCUUGUCUGAAUCAAGUAACCUUCAGAUGCCAAAUGUUCAAGGUUUAUGUGGUCUUGUCUGGACAGGAAAAAGAACAAUAUGGUCAAAGGACUUGAUGUUAGAUCAUGCUUCAAUGGUGAUUGACAAUCUUGUUAAAGGAAGGCCACUGCCUGAAAAGGGGAAGCUUGUGCAGGCUGUAGUAGCUGCUGAACCCUUGCUGGAGACAGUUCUACUUGCCGGUCGCCUUCCCAGGUGGCGCAACCCUCCAACAAUGUCUUCAGUGAGAACUGAAAUGCCAAACUCUGUUACCUGUUUGCACCAGAGUUCCUUGCAGCAUCAAUCUUCAAGUGGAAUUAUGCGAAAUAGGUUUCAGCAGUGAGGAAUAAUUUCAUACUUGGCGUAAUUAUGGAUUUUUAAUAUGGUUUUCUAUUUGGAAUUCUGCCAAAACUCAGUUUCUUAGCUAUAAUUAAUUCCUUAUUAUUUA